GACUUUCUUUAGCUGUCAAACUCAAAACUAAAAGCUGGGACACCGUUUUCAUGGAAAAAUAUGCCAGUUAAAGUUGAUAUUACACCACCACCACCAGCAAAUUCGAAACAGCCUGGUGUAACGAAAUCCUUAUUAUACAACGGUUCUAAAUUUCAAGGACAUCAGAAAAGUAAAGGAAACUCCUAUGAGGUCGAAGUGGUUUUGCAGCAUGUUGAUGAAGAGAAUUCAUAUCUUUGUGGAUACUUAAAAAUCAAAGGCUUAACAGAAGAAUUUCCUACUCUUACAACCUUUUUCGAUGGAGAAAUUAUAUCAGCUAAAUACCCUUUUCUUACAAGAAAAUGGGAUGCUGAUGAAGAUGUUGAUAGGAAACAUUGGAGCAAAUUUGACCUGUUUGUGCCCUAUUUAAAAACAUUUAAUUCUGAUUCAUUUGACUAUGAGUCUCUUGCUAAGGCUGACUAUGUAUUUAUGAGAUGGAAAGAACAUUUUUUAGUUCCGGAUCAUACAAUCAAGGAUAUAAAUGGUGCUUCAUUUGCGGGUUUCUACUAUAUAUGCUUCCACAAAUCGGCUGCAACUAUAGAAGGUUAUUAUUACCACAGAAGCUCUGAGUGGUAUCAAUCGUUGACUUUAAGCCAUGUCCCCGAACACAGCAUUCAAAUUUAUGAGUUCAGAUGAAAUAAUUUUCUGGAAACAUUGAAUUAUGAAUUUGUAUUUGUGUCCGUUAGUACUUACUUGUUCAUUAAGUCUCCAGUCAAAAAGACAUAAAAUAUUAAGAAUAUUAAGUUUUUCAAUUAUGUAAGAUUAAAAUGUUUGAUUUAAACAUUUUAUAGAUAUCAUGCAGAAUAAACCAUCCCAGUUACAUUUUUGCUUAUCAUGAACAAUGUUAACAAAUAAAUGUUCUUGCGUAUACUUCUGUUCAAUGUUUCUUGUAAAAAUAUUGUGUACCUAUAAAUACAUAUUGUAACUAUCUAUAUUUUUAGUGAAACUAUAAUACUCUUUUCUUAUAUUCUUUAGUCUUGUUUUCUUUUAAUCUUAUGGUUUUUAGUUUAUUGGCCAAUUCCUUAUUGUUGUGAUAUUUUGUACAAAUUACUUGUGAAUAAGUAGUAAUAAUUGUGAGUUAUGAUUUUGUUUCAUUGUAGUUACCCAUUACUAAUUGAGAAAAUAUUAUUGUAUAUAAGUAUAUGCAAGUACAUACAGGGAAUCUCUAACACUGAACAAGUUAAUAUUAAAUGUGGAACUUGUAGGAAUUAAUUAUUCAUCAAUGUUAUUGAUAAAAUUGAAUAUUUUUUUUCAAUAAAAAGUGUUUUCAGU